UAAAAUCCUUAUGGCCUCCUGUUAAAAUCUACAGUUUACUACCGAAAUUUCUGUAAAAACAGGUCGAAAUUUCUGUAAAAUGUGCGACAAUCAAAACGUGAAGGCUGAUCGCAUAAGAUGCGAGGCAUGUCGGACCAUAAACCUGGCGACGGACAAGUACAACCCCAAGCCGAGCAUGGAGUUGUACAACAAGUGCACCCCCGUGCGGAAGCCGGACUGCGGCGGACGCUUCACAGAGCUCCCUUUAAACCCCACCUGCAUCAGAGUGUGCCCGAGACAUGAAGUCCUUGCGCGGAUGAAAGGGGAGCUACCGCCCAAGAUGUGUCCCGUGCCCUAUGGUCAUGGAAAGCUGAUGUAUGCCGUCAAGGCUGGGCUCCUAGUCGGCGCAGUUUACUUCACGUACACGCAAGGAGUGUGGGGCGACCAGCGAGACGUCACCGAGGCGAUCGCGCGAUGGCAGGAGUACAUACGCAGUAUGAACACCCGCCGCCCUCCCGUGUUCGACAAGUGCGGUCUUGUUAUCAAAAAAGAAAAUCCGGAGAGUAUCAUCGCUCCAGCCUACGCGUUGUAUAAACACUUUGUCACAUUGUGUUUUGCAGGUAUUGUGAAGCUCCCUCAAAUUCUCAAAUGCCAAUACUUAGAGUACCUAAAAGCCAUUCAUAAGAAAAAAUUGGACGAAAUACGUGAAAGAAAACUCAGGAAACAAGGAUGA